AUGAAGCUAGUACGUUUUUUAAUGAAGCUCAGUCACGAGACCGUAACAAUUGAGCUGAAAAACGGUAGCGUGGUCCACGGGACGAUUACCGGCGUCGAUGUCGCCAUGAAUACACAUCUUAAAGCUGUAAAGGUAACACUGAAGAAUAAAGAUGAGCUCCAGCUAGACACAUUGAGCAUACGUGGGAAUAACAUUCGGUACUACCUACUCCCAGACAGUCUCCCGCUAGAAACACUUCUGAUAGAUGACACACCGAAGGGUAGAGGAAAACGCGAAGGUUUCCAACGAGGUGGAACUCGAGGCGGAAGGGGCAGAGGUCGAGGUGGACGCGGUGGCCCGAGAGGCGGCAGGGGAGGCCGUGGUCGCGGUCGUCGAUAG